UACAAUGCCCAAGCUAAAAGCUGGGAGAAGAGUGAGUGUGUGCAGUCUACAAUGGCUUCUGCUGCUUCAACCGUCGUCUCUCCUUCGUUGUCUGCUUCCACGACUCGGCUUCCCAGAAGAAACUACUCUCUAAUUUCUCCCGCGAAUUCUCUACUUUCUCCGAUUAAGACUUCCAUUUCUAAUAUCGGACGCCAAGAGAGGAGCUUUACUUCUUUCCCAAGACGGACAAGCCUAUGUAGACGUAUGGCGACGCCUCAGAGCACUCGUAAAGGAGUCAUCUGUUCUGCAUCCUCUGCUCUUCCAUCGGCCCUCCUAUUCGAUUGUGAUGGAGUGCUUGUCGACACGGAGAAGGACGGCCACCGAAUUUCUUUUAACGAUACUUUUACUGAAAGGGAAUUGGGUGUUACUUGGGAUGUGGAUUUAUAUGGUGAACUACUCAAAAUCGGUGGUGGAAAAGAGAGGAUGACAUCCUACUUCAACAAGACAGGUUGGCCAGAUAAAGCUCCAAAGAGUGAAGAAGAAAGAAAGGAAUUCAUAGCUUCACUUCACAAGCGGAAGACAGAAUUGUUUAUGGCUCUUAUUGAGAAGAAGUUGCUCCCACUUAGGCCUGGUGUUGCAAAGUUGAUUGAUCAGGCUUUGGCAAAAGGAGUCAAAGUUGCUGUAUGCAGUACUUCCAAUGAGAAGGCGGUCUCUGCUAUAGUGUCCUGCUUACUGGGUCCAGAACGAGCAAAAAAGAUAGAUAUAUUUGCAGGAGAUGUGGUUCCUCGUAAAAAGCCUGACCCGGCCAUUUACCUACUAGCAGCCAGCACUUUGGGUGUUGAACCAUCAAGUUGUGUUGUGGUUGAGGACAGUGCCAUAGGCCUUGCAGCUGCCAAAGCUGCUGGAAUGAAAUGUAUAGUAACAAAAAGCGGUUACACAGCAGAUGAAGACUUCUUGAAUGCAGAUGCAGUGUUUGACUGUAUUGGAGAUCCCCCUGAAGAGCGUUUUGACUUGGCAUUCUGUGGAAGCCUGCUAGAGAAGCAGUAUGUCAGCUAGUAGAUGAUACUUUGAGAUAUGAAAAUUGCAUUUGUGUUCAAAUCAUCUCUGUAAUUCACUCUCAAAUUGGAGAAAUGUACAUUCAACUUUUUCUAAGUCUUGAACUAGGAACCUCCACUUGAGCCAUAUUUUAUCAGACUCAUCAUGUACCAAGGCUUUGCUAUUAGUCCUUCCCAUAUUUGAAUGCAAGGAUCAAAUUUUGAAUUAGAUA